UUACUUUGUUUAUAAUCAUGUAUACAGGGAGUAUAUUAUUUGUAUUUCAUCCGACYGGAAGUUUUCUAUCGGGAUUCCUGCAGGAAAGAUUCGGAAGGAAACGGUGCAUGGUAUUAGCCAACAUUCCCAGUAUUUUCGGGUGGAUAAUGCUAUACAAAACACACUCGGUGGUUUCACUUUACGCGUCCACCGUGCUGAUGGGCUUGAGCAUAGGAUUCAGUGAAGCCCCGAUAUUGUCAUAUGUGGGAGAAAUAACCGAACCGAGACUCAGAGGAUCAAUGGCUUCGUUGGCGUCCACAGCGGGCAUGUUGGGAAUGUUGUUGACUUACAUUUUGGGAUAUUUUUUUGAAUGGAGAAUCGUCGCAUUACUGAGCACACUAUGUCCAAUCACGUGCAUAUGCCUCGUUAUGUUGAUUCCGGAAUCUCCUUUAUGGUUGAUCGCCAACGGCAAAAACGAAAAGGCUAAAAAUUCCCUGUGUUGGUUAAGAGGAUGGGUGAAACCCGAGAUGGUCAAAGUCGAACUUCUCGAGCUCAUUCGGUAUAACGAAGUAUCUGGAACUCGAAAUGGCAAUUUAAACAUUGAAAAYGACAGUAUAUUUUCAAAAUUAGCACAGCUYAUAGAUCCGUCCGUUUACAGACCAUUCAGAUUAGUGAUGAUUGUUUUUUUUAUUUCCUACAUAAUCUGUCUUUUACCUGUCAAACCAUAUUUUAGCCAAAUUAUGAAUGAAGUUGGUUUAUCAGAAGAUCGAAGUUUGUUGUUUGUUGUUUUCGCCGUCCUACAAAUCGUCGGAUGCAUAGUACUAGUUUUAUCCGUCAAACACUUGGGGAAAAGAUUUUUGGCCGUAAUGUCAGUUUCGAUAACUACUGUUUUGCUAAUUUCAUUUAGUUUAUAUAUUAUGGCAUUGAAAAAAGGUUACACCACAUCAAUGCCUUGGAUUCCCACAAUGAUAUUAAGCGGAAUUUCCUUGUUCGGAACUUCUAUCAGCACUUUACCCUGGAUGUUAAUCAGUGAAAUCUUUCCUAACAAAAGCCGAGGAGUCGCUGCUGGAUCAUGUGCAGCUUCAUCGUAUUUGUUAAUGUUCAUACUAACCAAAUCAUAUUUAACAAUUGAAAUUAAUUUAACCUUGGAGUACACCAUGCUUCUAUUUGGUGGUAUUGGGCUUAUUGGAUUGAUCUACUUGUAUUUUUAUUUGCCGGAAACUGAAAAAAAAACACUGUUAGAAAUUGAAGAGUAUUUCAAAUAAAAU